AUGUAUCAUGAGGUUGGAGACAGGGAAUCCAAGCUGGCCAUGUUCAGAGUCCACAUUGUAGAGGUGACUGUUCAGAGUUGCAGUCAGAGGGUUGUAGCUUCCUGUGUGGACACCAGUGGUGAGGUGGAAGGAGGUUGGCCUGGAGGUCUGCUGAAGCAGCAAACAGGCACUGGAGAGUCAGAAGUUUUUCUUCAGUUUGUUCCUGACGGUGAAACUCAGUUGUCCUCCAUCAUGGCAGCAGCCAGCAUCUCUCGCUCUGGAUCAGCAGCUCUGGGCUUCGAGGAUUAUUCUCUCUACAGUAACCUGAGCGAGGAUGAACUGCUACAGCUUGCCAUCGAGCGUAGCCUGACCGACGCAAACUGCAGCAACGCCAACGCAACCUCCAGAGACGCCAACCAACCCAGACACAGCUCCCAUAAUCCACCUGCAAACUACACGUCCCAUAAUCCACCUGCAGCCCAGACCAUUGUUCAUUACAGUUCUCCAAAUCCUCCGAGUGAAAAGCCUCCUGAUCUGAAGACGUUUGAUGGGACAGUCAGUCGCUUCAUGACGGGAUCAGGGAAGAGGAUGGUAGCUUAUCGCAGAGCUGACGGCACUCUGGUUCACAUCGCUCCAGAACCUGAGGAGGAGGAGGAGCCUCUGUUCAGAGCGAUCAGUGUUGGAGAUGCGAGCAGAGUGAAAGCUUUAGUGAUGAGUCCAGGAACAAACCUGAUGCUGCCGAGUAAACCAGGCUGGCUUGCUAUUCACCAGGCGGCGUGGUACGGCCAGGACACCUGUCUGAGAGUCCUGCUGUCAGCUCAGCCUGGGAUGAUCAACAAGCGAACGGAGCGUGGAGAGUCAGCGCUGCUGGUUGGCGUCAGCAAAGACCAGCUACGAUGUGUUCAGGUGCUGCUGGAAAAUGGAGCUGACCCUGACAUCACAAACUACGAAAGAGAGACUCCACUCUAUAAAGCCUGUGAGAGGAACAGUGCUGCGAUGGUGGCAGUGUUGUUGAACCAUGGAGCUGCGGUAAACACUCACUGUAUUCAGGGUUGGACGGCACUGCAGGAAGCUGUGGUUCGAAACAACGUGGAGAUCUGUGAGAUGCUGCUGAAGGCUGGAGCCAAACACAGCCUCACCAACAUGUAUGGCAUCUCACCACUGUUCAGCGCUGCUCAGACUGGGCAGGCCGCCACGCUGCGCUUCCUCCUCAAACAUGGUGCAGAUAUCAACAGUCAAGCUGCUGAUGGAGCCACCGCUCUGUAUGAAGCUGCUAAAAAUGGACAUGAGGAAAUUGUGAAGCUCCUCCUCUCACAAAACGCAGACGCCAACAAACCUGGAAAGACCGGAUUAUUACCACUUCACAUUGCUGCCCAGAGAGGAAGUGACAUUAUAGUGUCCUUGUUGAUCUCAGCCACCAGUAAGGCCAGAAUCAGGCGGACCGGGAUCAGCCCUCUCCACAUGGCGGCUGAGCGUAACCGUGAUGAAGUGCUCGAGGCUCUGAUUGAGGCGGGCUUUGACGUAAAUGCACAGCUGUCUGAAGAAAGAUCAAAGCUGUAUGAGGACCGCCGCAGCACGGCGCUCUACUUCUCUGUCAUCAACAAUAACAUCGACGCUGUGCGCAUGCUGUUGACAGCUGGUGCUGACCCCAACCUGGACGCGUUCAAGCCGCUGAUGGUGGCAGCGAGGCUGGGCUGCAUCCAGACUGUCACCCUGCUAGUGGAGCAUGGAGCAGACAUCAAUGCCUCAAUCCCCACUCACCCCACUACCUUCCCCGCCGUCUACAUGUUCUCCAUGAAGUACCUUACCAUGUUCAAGUACUUGCUGGACCACGGAGGCCACGCCCUCUCCUGCUUUGGAUGUGUCUAUGGCAACAAACCUCAUCCACCAAUAAAAACCACCCGAUCAGAGAGGGACGACCUGACAGAGACGCUGCCAAGGAGAGGCGUUCAGUUCUGUGAGAUGAUUUCAGUCCCCAGUAUCUGUCGGUGGGCGGGGCCAAUCAUUGACAUCCUACUGGACUACGUUGGUCAUGUGACUCUGUGCUCCAGACUGAUGGAACACCUUGACAGUUACUCUGACUGGAGUGUCAUCAAGGAGAAAGCAGCUCCCCCGCGGCCACUGAUGCAGCUCUGCAGGCUGCAGAUACUGCAGCUGGUUGGAAGUCGACGUGUGAAGAAAUUAACGCUUCCUGGAGGUUUGAUCCGCUUCCUGCAGCACCAAGAGGGCUUGCUGGACGACUGCUGACUUACA